CUAUUUAGUAUUCACUCCUCAUCUCUGAAACCCUAAACAGAGAGAGACGCCAAGACCAAAUCCAGCCAUGGCGUUCAAGCAACUUCUAACCCAAUCCUACCGGGCGCGUAAGCUUAGUCCAGCUAUGCUAUCCACCGCGGUCCGAUCUUCCUCGACCGCCUCAUCAAUCGCUACGACACAGCCUUCAGCUGUCCCCGCUGAGGCAACUACGAUGCCUUACGAUAUAAUUGCAGAGGAGGUGAAAUACAAGCUCAAGAGACUCGAACAGCAGGACCCGAAGUUCCUCAAAUAUGGAUCGCCCAUCCCGACCCUCACAUCUCACACGCACAUUCUUUCGGCGCCGGAGACUCGCGUCACAAUACUCCCCAAUGGUCUGCGUGUGGCAACUGAGUCAACUCUUGCUUCGAAGACUGCCUCAGUUGGGGUCUGGAUCGAUGCAGGGUCGCGAUUUGAGACCGAGGAGACUAAUGGUACAGCGCAUUUUUUGGAGCACAUGAUCUUCAAAGGGACGAAGAGGAGGACCGUGAACCACCUUGAGGAGGAGAUCGAGAACAUGGGAGGUCAUUUGAAUGCGUAUACAUCAAGAGAACAGACCACCUAUUACGCCAAGGUUAUGGAUAAGGAUGUCAACAAUGCACUUGACAUCUUGUCUGAUAUAUUGCAGAACUCCGAGUUCGAUGAGCGCAGGAUCAACCGAGAGAGGGAUGUGAUUUUGAGGGAAAUGGCUGAGGUUGAAGGGCAAACGGAGGAAGUAAUUUUUGACCAUUUGCAUGCAACUGCUUUCCAGUACACUCCAUUGGGUAGAACUAUUCUGGGUCCAGCUAAGAAUAUUAAGACAAUAACCAAAGACCAUCUUGAGAAGUAUAUACAAACACACUACACUGCUCCCAGAAUGGUGAUUUCUGCUUCAGGAGCCGUUAAGCAUGAGGAGGUUGUUGAACAAGUAAAGAAAUUAUUCACCAAAUUAUCUGAUGAUUCAACCUCAACUUCUCAGUUAAUUGCUAAGGAACCAGCUGUAUUUACUGGCUCUGAGGUUAGGAUUAUUGAUGAUGAUAUUCCUCUAGCUCAAUUCGCAGUUGCAUUUGAAGGAGCUGCAUGGACCGAUCCAGAUUCUAUUGCUCUGAUGGUCAUGCAGGCUAUGUUGGGCUCUUGGAAUAAAGGUGCAGGAGGUGGAAAGCACAUGGGUUCUGAGUUGGUGCAAAGGGUUGCCAUAAAUGAGGUGGCAGAAAGCAUGAUGGCUUUCAACACCAAUUACAAAGACACUGGCCUGUUUGGCAUAUAUGCAGUGGCUAAGCCGGAUUGCUUGGAUGAUUUAGCUUACGCAAUCAUGUACGAGACAACUAAAUUGGCUUAUCGAGUCUCCGAUGCUGAUGUUACUCGGGCUCGUAACCAGUUGAAAUCCUCUCUGUUGCUUCAUAUUGAUGGGACAAGUUCUGUGGCUGAAGACAUAGGGCGUCAGCUGCUUACAUACGGUAGAAGAAUACCAUUUGCUGAGUUGCUUGCUAGGAUUGAUGCAGUUGAUGCAAGCACCAUCAAACGUGUUGCAAACAGAUUUAUUUUUGACAGGGAUAUAGCAAUUGCUGCAUUGGGACCCAUCCAGGGACUGCCCGACUACAACUGGUUCAGGCGCAGGACCUACUGGAACCGCUACUAGUUCAUAUCUCCAUUUUUGUUCAUUAUUAUUUAUCUGCAUCACUCAUGUGUCUUGCACUUCUGCAGCAAACCUUUACAGGAGGCCUCUGGAUGAGAUGGCUAUUUUUAUUCAGUUUUUAGCCUUUGUCCCUGUAACUUGUAUUGUUGAGAAAUAAGUAUCCUGUCUUAACUGAUCUGGCCUUUGAUUUCUGAAGAUACAAGCUGUUGUUUCUUUAUAGCAAAUCUUUUAAUUUUGGCAAUUAA